GUGAGGAGGACGGUGGACAGGCUGUGGCUGAUUUUUCUUCGCGUGGGCGGGGUUUGAAUCGUGGGCUGGUGGUUGUUCCGCGCCAUCGACGUGUCGCGCGUGUCGCGGUCACGGUCCUCCUGCUACCCAUUUAUCGCGGAUCUGCUGGCUGAGAGUAUAUACACCCAGAUGGCAACCGAUGGACCCAUUGAACUUGUGUCAAAGCUCGUCACAUACAGUCAAUUCGACGAUAUGAAAGAGGGCGACCACCGCGAUAUUGUCGUCCACAUUUCCACAGCCAUAUUACCACACGUGCCACUGCGCGGAAGUUGUCCACCGCCAGCAGCCCUUGUGUAUGCGAUCCGAAACAUCAUGAAGCCGGAGCUGCUGCCGGGGCACAUCCCGGAGCUGCUCGAGAUCCUGGGGCACCUCAACAUACUCCGCAAGCAGUCAGUGAAGGAGGCGAAAGCCAUCCUCACGCGGAAUCAGUACUAUUUGAAGAACCCAGGUCCAACUGUCUCAAUCUUGUCUCCCACGCUGGAGGACCAGGUGUGCAAUGUGCUCAUGCAUGCAGCUGAAGAGCAGAAGGUUUAUAGGAGCAUUGUGAAUAUGUUCUAUGAGUUGGAUAUCCAUCAGUCAUUCCUCCAUGGGUCACCAGAAGUGUUCUGGUUGAAGAUGACAACAUACUUCCCUGGCCAGUUUUCUGAUGUGUCUGAAGACCCGACCAUGCGCUCUGUGGAUGAGGUGAUGCGCAUGCAUUCAUUCCAUUAUGACCUAUCAGCAGAAGAGCAACAUGACAGCCAGCACACUGGCAUCUGCUGUGCAAAGUUUGCACGAGAUGCUGCAAGAUACAUGGAGGAUCCUGCUGCAUAUUGCACUCAAGUUGGUGCUCCCAAGCAUACUACAAUUGCCACGUUGUUUCCACCUCCUGACAUACCCACUCUUGUACACAUUACAGACAAGUAUCUGGUGCAUGUGCUCAAGCUAGCAACACUGCUGGAGAGGCACUUUGGUCCAAAUUAGUGAAUUGAUGAUCUAACAAGGGACGGUGUCCAUGGGUUCAAGAGGAUGCUCAGUGUCUGUGUUUGUCAAACAAUCAGAUGUCUCCUUUGUCUACUAGGUGGAAUGUCACAAUGUGUUGUGAUACAUACAGCUGAUUCCAUACAGAUAGGCCCCUGUGGCUGUAAUCACACAUAGGCAGGGUCAAUCAGAA